UUAAUUUGUGUUCCGAAGAUCAACGAAGGUCUUACGGGUGUGGAACAGCAUGAGGAAAGAAUGGCACAUCUACACACCUCUCUCGUGUUGCUCUGUUUCUUCUGUUCAGUGUGGCAAAGUGAUGGGAUGAUUCACUUUACUUAUCUUGGAACAAAGUGUGAUGAAGCCUGCAAGCUUGUGGGUCAUGAGUACAAGUGUAAGUCUACUGAUAAAGAUGGAAAUACCUGGUCAAUGUACUGUUCACCUAAAACAAAAACAGACUACAGGGGUAUAGAAUGCGGUGAGUGUGGGACGGGUGGAGAAAGCUACUAUUAUUGCAAAACUGGUUCGUUUUUUUCGCUUAAUUUACCUUGGGGAUAUUGUGGGCUGGUGACGGAUAAGAAUAUCUAUUAUGGAUCUAAGACAGGCACAAUGUGUCAUGACAACUGUUACCAAAAAGAUCAAGACUACAAUUUGUGCAAUACUGCAGAGGGAGAAGAUUACUGCUCACAAUUAAUAUACAGAGAUUACAGGAACAAUCAGUGUAAAGAAGACAGUCCAUGUAGGAAGCAGGAUCAAAACUACAACUGGUGCUGGCUGAAGAAAGGAGGCUGGGGACACUGUGGGCCCGUGGAACCAAAGAUGUUUCUCCAUCAGUCUAAGAAAAAUCAGUUUUGCAUAGACGAAUGCCAAUAUCAUGAGAAUAAAGAUUACUACUGGUGCCACACUGACAGUAGCUGGGACUACUGCUCUCCAGAUGUGGAUGUAACCUAUAAAGACAAGCCGUGUCGCUCAGGUCACUCCUGUGGCACACAUGGUGAAAGUUACAACUGGUGCUGGACCUCAGAGUCAGAAUAUGAUUACUGCGGGCCCGUUGUAUCUGGAGAGUGCACUUAUGUCAUCUCUCAAAAUAACAACAGAAGAGACUCAAAAAACAGACAACUGAUAUGCACACAGGUGGACAGAGCUAACAAGAAAACCACCUUUACUGUGGAGCCAGCUCCUAAUGACAUCGCUGAUGACAGUCAAUGGAAAAGCGAGGCAGAAAUCUUAAUCAGGCGCUGGGACAAUGCGUACCUGGUGGACAAGGCCCAAUCAAAUCUGAUCUACUCUGAUAAUCUCCGUAUCGACAUGAAGGGCAUUAUCAAGCGCAACAAUCAGUCCUACUAUGACCUGCGGAUCCAUGUGAAACAGGGGCCUGGUAGAAGCACCACCGUGUCUCAGAUCAUCGUUCCUCCUGGAAUUCCUGAUCGCUACAUGCGCAGAGCCUUCCUGGAGAGCUUCAGGCACCGAGCUCGAGUUUAUGUUGACCUUUAAAGGCAAAAUCAGCAUUAGAGCUUUGGUUUGGAAAUGUGCAAUGUAUAGUAGACCUACUACAGAUAUAAAUCUUUAAGCUUUUGGCUGUACAACACAAAUACUGAGCAGAAUAAACAAACAAUUUGUUCAUGAAAAA